CGUGUCGGUACCAUCGGCAUCGGUAUCAUUUUGACUGGCGUUGGUGUCUGGUUUCGGGGUUUCUGUUUGCUGCUUUUGCAAUGGUGCUGAGCAAGUUGAGGUUGUUUUACAUGAAUAAAACAGCGAUUAGCCGAUGAAACAUGACUGACAAAGGAGAAGAGUCUCUGUAAAACCUCGUCGGAAGAUAAUCUUUUGAAAAGGUUGCUGAGCGGGAUCUGUGCUGUAAAGAUGCUCAAGUCGUCUGUGUCAUCGGGAAAGACGAGCAAGAUCAUGGUUUGUGGACACAAAGGCUGCGGCAAGACUUCGGUGCUGGAGCAACUGAUUUAUAACCACCAUCCCCUAAAAGCGGACAUUCAGCCAACAAUUGAAGACAUCUACUGUGCCUUAGUCGAUAACGACCGUGGAGGGAAGGAGAAGGUGCAGUUUUUCGACUCCCGUGGUGUGGACAGCUCUGAAGCGGAGGUCUCAAAGUCUCACCUGGCACACGCAGAUGGGGUAGUCUUAAUAUAUGCAAUCAACAGCAGAGAGUCCUUCUUGCUGUUGGAGCAGCUGAAGAAGGACAUUGACAAGCACAAAGACAAGAAGGAGUUAUCUUUCUUAGUGCUUGGAAACAAAGCAGAUCUGAGUGCAGAAAGGCAGGUUGAGACACAGUCAGCCAUAAACUGGGCCACCAAGGAAAGAGUGCGGUUUGCUGAAGUGUCGGCAUUUGAUCGGAAAUCUCUUAUUGAGCCAUUUAUAUACCUGGUCUCAAAGGUCAACCCACCUCCAAGCAAAUCUACAUUUCCUCAGUUGGGCCGCAAAGGCAAAGCAGGCAGCAUCACCAUGGAACUUUGAGCAAGCA